CUAUUGAUUUGCAAUCCAACAUGGCCGCAAAUAGCAAAGAUAACAACAGAGCGCUCAGAACAGAAUUAUGUUUUCUUGGAAAAUUAAGUAUUUGACAUCUAGUUUGUAAUGAUAACUUAAAUCAGGAAAAUGGAGGACAAAUUUAAAGAAUUGUUGGAAGCGCACAGGUCAAAGUUCUCCGCCGUAGUGGACGCUGACGGUUUGUUACUGAUUUUAGAACGAGCUGAAACUUUGACGCAGAUAGACGUAGAUGAAAUCAAUAAACAAACAUCAAAUAAAGACAAGAUUGAUAAAAUUUUAGACAUUCUAACAACAAAAGAUAAUUUUGCAUUUAAGAGUUUGUGUUAUGCGCUUGAACAGACAUAUCCGCAUUUAUUGACAGUUAUGUUUCUUGGAAAUAGCCAGAGGAUAGGAUCAGAACCAAGACCAGUAUCUGUAGCGUCUGAUUCAGAAGAUGAUGUUCUUAGAAGGUCUAACAGUACAGGUGACGCAAGAUCACAGGAUCUAAAGACUUAUACCCGCAUCAUACCUUCCUAUGAAUACGAUGAUUUCCAAGAUUUGGAUCCUUCCCUUAGUGAGGGACAUCGUUCUGGGGCCAAACAUAAACAUCACUCAGGACGCUAUAAACUUGGUCUGAAUGGUGAAAAUAGACAAAGUGGUCAUAACAGAGAUUAUGAUUGGCUGAAAUCACAGUGUGAAAGAGCCAUGUCUGAACUUCAGGCUUUGAAAUCUCAGCAGACGGACAAUACAAAACGUUAUGAAGCAGUCAUGAAUGAAUCAGAUUCAUAUCGUCAAAGUUACGUGUCAACUCUCAACCAGCUUCAACAGAGCCGAGAGGAGGUUAGUGAAAUUCGUGGACAGAACCAUGAUUUAAUAGCAGAAAAUAAAAGACUUGAACAGGAAGUGAAAAACUUUAAAAAGUUGAGAGAAGAAGACCAACAAGAAAUGGCAGAGUUACGUAAACGUCAACGAGACAUAGUUAGUCAAAAUGGUUCUAGUGAAGUGUUAAAUGCUUUGGACAUGUAUGAUAGGAUAAAGCAGGAAUAUGAUUCUCUUCGGGAAAGUUAUUCUGAUCUAGUCACCCAGCGUAGUGCUUUAGUAACUAAAUAUGAAAGUGGACAAGAGGAGAUUACCCAGCUGAAAAAACAGUAUCAGUCUGUGUGUAGUGAACGGGAUGCUGCUGUUCAUGAAAAGAAUGGCUUAAAGCAGCAAUGUACUGCUGCAAUCAGAAAUUGGGACCAAGUUCUACAUGAACGUAAUGAUUUAAAUGAGAAAAUUAUAAAGAUAACUCAGCAAAUGAACCAAGCUCUGGCAAGUCAGUUACAUUUAAAGAAAGAGCUAGAAAUUGUUCAGAAAGAUAGGGACGCUAUAUUAAGAGAGUAUACUCUCGUGAUGUCUGAAAGGGAACAGGUUCAUAAAGAUAUUGAACAACUACAAGAAACUCUUUCAGAUGGAACUAAAAAGAUUGAUGCAUUAAUGAAGGAGAAAAAGGUUGCCCAAGAUGAAGCAGAAACUUUGAAACGUGAGAUAUCAUCAGCCCUUCAGGACAGGGACAGAGCUGUGAAAGAAAGGAAUGAAUUUAAUGAAAAGUGUAAUGAGUUGAUGUCUAAACAUUGUGCUAUAGAGAAACAGAGAGAGGAUUAUAAAAAGAAUUACGAAAAUUCUAUUGAACAAAGAGAUAUUGCAAGGAAAGAACGACAAGAAGCCAUGCAAGAUCGGGACCGAAUUCUACGAGAAAAAUACGAAAGAGAACAGUUUCAGAAAGAGAAGGCAGAGAUUAUGGAUCAAGUGAAUAAAGAAACAGAACAUCUAAAAAAACAAGUGGAAAAACUCCAACAGGAAUUAUAUGAUUGUAUGCACGAGGCCGAGAUAGCUAAAAGUCGGAGAGACUGGGCGAUGAGUGAGAGAGACAAGAUUGUACAGGAGCGGGACAGUGUGAGGACCCUUUGUGAUAACCUGCGGAGAGACAGGGAUCGGGCUGUCAGUAAACACGCUCAGGCUCUUAGAGACUAUGAUGAAAUAAAGAAACAGAAACAAGAGGCUCUUCGAGAGCUGAAGGAAACAAAAGAGAAGUAUGAAUUGGUGAAUGAUAAAGAGUCCAGAAAAAGUCAGUUGAAUUCAGUUGGUCACAAUCGUAGCCGAGACUCUGCAAUAGAUGCAGAUCUUCAGGAGUUUGAGACUGAGACUAUUGAUGUAGAACUGACUGGCAUGAAUAAAGAUGACCUUGGAUUUGACCUUGUCGGAGGGAAAGAUGACCCUCAAUAUCCGAAUGACAAUUCUAUUUUUGUAAGUCAUGUAACCAAAGGGAGUCUAGCUGAAGGAAAACUAAAGAUGAAUGACCAGAUUCUGCGUAUCAACAAUAAAGAUGUGACAAAUGUAGAUAAAAGAUAUGCUGUUGGUCUGUUGAGGAACCGAUCAGGAAUAGCUACUGUGCAGUUGUUAAGAAGACGUAAAAUUUCACCAUCUACGAGUAGAUCCUGGCAGUCUAUACAGUUCAGCAUACCUCCGGGAAAAGAUAUUGGAAUACACCUGGAGAAUGGUCUUUAUGUUACAAGAGUGAACCCUGGAUCUUACUCUGCUAAAGAGGGCCUAAUUACAGUUGGAGAUAGAAUAAUGAGUGUGAAUGGGCGAAGUGUAGAGAAUAUGAGCCCUGAAGACUUGCAGAAAGUACUAUAUCAAUGUGGAGGGGAAACAAUAAUGCUUGAUGUAUGGAGACAGACAACUCCGCUCAGUUCUGCUGGUUCUUCACCAGUUCCCAUUGUAGCUAAUGUACAAGAACAGCUUCUUAGUUCCCCAUUGAAAUCAGACUCCUCAAAACGCUGGGAAUCAACAAGUGAAAGUAGUAAAGGCAGUAUAAAAAACAUAAAAAGUAGUGGUUCUCAGACAGACAGUCUGGAUAGUCCAGGAAUGCCGAGACGGCCCAAAGACAGAAAACAUUCAGACAAAGAUUUGGAUAAUAAAGGCAGACAUAGUGUACAUAUUUUAGAAACUGUAAACAAAUUUUUCCGUCCAAGGCAUAAGAGUUCUGAAAGAACUGACAAUGAAAAAGGGACAUUGACCCUAAGUAGACCUCAAACUAUGAUAGAAGACAGUAGUGGUCUUGUUGAAUUUUCAUUUCCAACACACCGGAGAGAUAAUUCUGGGUCAUCAAACACUAACAGGAGUAGUGGUAGGAGCAGGGAUUAUGAUCGUGAAAUAAGUGGCACAGGCACCUGGCCAAAUCGCAUUAAGAUUUCAAAUACUGCCAAUAGCAAUGGAACUGUGAUACAAAUACAGAAAAACCACCCAAAACGCCCAACUAUUGAUGCUGUGAUAAAUCAUUCAGGGGAGAACAUCCCCACAGCUAGAGUGCCACCUCUACCCCCAGAGAGAAACAAUUCAUCAUUUGUGGCAACAAGGCAUACACCACAGAAUUCAGAUUCAACCAUUACACAUAGCUCUCAUCCUCCAUCACCCUCAUUAUCACCACAGCCUAGUACUUCUAGUACAAGCUCUUACUUUCCUAAAUCACCUACACCUAGAAGCUCAUUUAAUAUCCAUGAACCAUCUGAUUCACAGAGUUCUCUUAGUCAAGCUGUCUUUUCACAUUUUCAAGGUCAAGGUCAUUCUCAGAACCAAACACAUUCUCAAAGUCAACAAGGUCAUCUAAACCACAGGUCAACAAAGGUUAACAAUACAAGAAAUCCACCAAGAAUGCCACACAUACCUAGCCAAGUGGCCACAGGACAGUUUAAUUUGGAAUUUAAGUCAAGCAAUCCAGGUCGAAGAAGACCAUUAUCAGGCCAGCCUCAUGAAUCUAGAAAUACAUGCACGUACCUGUCACCAGCUAGUCACCAGCCUCCCAGGAUGGAAUAUGGUCAAUUUGGUAGUCGUUCUAACAACACCACACCAGAACCAUUAAAACCACCUCCACCUUGUUUGACAGACAGGCCACCUGGUGGAAGACCGCACCCAACCCCCAGUUCAUUGCCAUUAAGUUUGCCAGGGGAGAAGCCUUUACCAGUUGCAUCCCAACCAGUUGUAGCAAAACCAUACACAAAUGUACACCAGGCGACAAAGUCAAUACAUAUGCCACCAUUUAUUACCCCACUCCCUGGAGCAACAUUCCCGGACAGUAUGCAGGAGUUAGAUCAUUUACCACCCUACAAUGGCAGUACAUCUGAAUGGAGCUCCCCAAGUCCAUCACAGUUCUCUGCCAUAGAGAGUAGCUUUACCCCAACACCAAGUGAGCAUUAUCCUAACCAUGGAUUUCCAGGGUCCUCCCCUGUUGGUCCGGGCAUUGACUCAGACUUUCAUUUACACAAUAGAGGGUACCAUAACAAGUUUAGGAUUCCAUCAACUCCAAGUAUGACUACCAAUGAUACAUCAGGCUCUGUUGAAGUUGUGUCAGACCGCAGCAGUCCUGGCUCACCAUUCCAUGAUUUCAGCAUUCCCAAGAUGUUGCCAAUUACAUCACCUCAUGCUGAUUCCAUUCCAUACAGGAAAAAACCCAAGUCAGGGGAGACAAGAAAGAUCAGUAUAGAGAAGACAUCAAAACUUGUUGGUUUUCAGAUUGAGAUGGGACCGAGUGGUGGUAUAUUUGUCUCUUCAGUUAACGAGAACAGUUUGGCGGCUCAGGCUGGACUGGUAAUUGGGGACCAAUUACUUGAGAUAUGUGCAAUCAACAUGAGAAAUGCCACAUAUGAUCUAGCUGCACGAGUAUUACAACAGUGUGGUAAUAACCUUACCAUGCUGGUACAGUUCAACCCUGAAAAGUAUAAUGAUAAUGACAGUGGAUCAUCGGCUGCCAGUUCAACAAAUACGUCUCCACUAAACUCUCCAGAUGCUAAGUCAGGCAAAAGUAGAGUGUUUAAUGGCAUCUCUCAGAGAGAAACUCCUAAAUCUCCUUCUCGUGUACAUAGUCAUAGUAGUUCUAUGGGAAAGUAUGAUGCUCAGAGGAAGGUGUCAUUUAAGAAACCAAAUCCAAGUGCAAGUCUUGGGAUUUCACUAACUGGAGGUAAUGCUACUGGUAUAUUUGUACACAAUAUAGAGGAGGGAAGUCCAGCUGCUGGCCAUAAUGGGGUACAUCAGGGAGAUCAGAUUCUUGAGUACAAUGGUAUAGACUUCACACGUGCCACAGCAGAACAGGCCUACAGACAUCUAAAUGAACCAUGCUCGUCUGUCAGAUUCCGAGUUAGAUAUCAUCCUUCAUUAUAUAACAAAGUGCGAAACAAGAAAAGUGUUGAUUCGAUAUAUGUCCGUGCUAUGAUAGAUCAUAAUGCGGAGAAAGACAAAGAAGGUGACCUGAGUUUCCGUAAAGAUGAUCUCCUACAUAUAGAAGAUACGAUGCAUAAAGGACAGAAAGGUGUCUGGUAUGCAUGGAUUAUAAGUGAUUAUGGUGAAAAAAUCAAGGGAGGGACCAUUCCAAGUAAAGAUAGAUUAGAGGAUAACUUGUCGUUACAUAGAAGUUUAUCGGACAAUUUGAGUGUACAUGAUUCAGAGGAAUAUAAAACUCCAGCAAGACGAGGAUCAGGUUCGGCGAGGAGAAGUUUCUUUAGAAAAAGCAAGAAGCAUCAGAGGACCGGAUCUAAAGACAGUCGGGAAUUUAAUUCUUUCUCUGAUGUUUCUUUAAACAGUGAUUCUUUACCAGUCCUUGAUGAUGUAUCCAUGUAUACAUACCUUAGUGUAGAAAAACUUGAAUAUAAAAAGACUCGACCUGUGGUACUGAUAGCUCCGCUGGCGGACGCUCUGAUACAGAAAUUAUCCUCAGAAUCUCCGGAUAAAUAUUAUUAUUGUGAACCAUCUGUAAUCCAGACAUCUCAUCACUGUAUGGAGCAAGGUUUGAAGGAAGGACAGUUUAUAGAUUAUUGGCAACAAGAUGAACGUUACCUCUGUAUCCGACUCAAAUAUGUCACUGAUAUCUGUGAUAAGAAUAUCCACUGUUUGCUGAAUGUAAAUCCUUUGGCUAUAGAGAGGUUACAGAGGCAACAGAUUUAUCCAAUUGUUGUUUAUGCUAGACAUAAGUCUUAUAAACAACUUAGGGAAAUAAAGGAUGUGCAAUUUUUGCCUGAGAAGUUGGGUUUGAAGUCUGCAAAAGAAUUGUUUGAAUAUUGUCAAAAAGCUGAGCAGGAUUACAGGCAUCUUAUCUCUGCUACUAUCCAGGGAGGUAAUCUAGCAGAGAUGGCCCAGCAGAUCAAGAAUGUUAUAUCAUCUGAACAAGAAAAACCAAUCUGGGUGCCUUCAUCUAUAUUGAGAUGACGAGACGGAUGUAUAAACAUGUACUAGUACAUAUGUUAUAAUGAUAUAAGGCUAAGAGACUGGUGAAAGAUCAUAUAUGAUAAACAUAACGACUCAUUUUAUUGUAUAUAUUUACAACAUCAUAGUGGGCUUUCAGAUUGUAUUAGGUGAAAUGUCGAUUCUUGUUAUGAAAGACUGGAAAAAAAGUACAUGAUGAAAAUGUGUAAAUUGUUGGCUUUAUUAGGAGUUAAGGCAUUAGAAUUGAUAUGUUUUAUGUGAUAAUUAUAUUAAAA